AUGGAAAUAUAUUAUAAUAAUAGUUUAAAAAAAAUUUAUAAAAAGGUGCAAAUUCCACAAGAAAUAAAAAAAAAAAAAAACUUAACAAAGAAUAGAAAACAGAUAAAAAAAAAAAAUAAUAAAAUUUUUAUAUAUAUAUUUAAUAAUCCAAUAUCAAAAAAUAGUAAUUUAAUUCUUUGUAUUUUUGGGGUGUGUUAG